AACAGGGGCUACACUCAGUCUGCGCACCGACAGGGCCCUAGGCUCUAACACGCUGCCCCAGACCCCGCCCUCUUAGGCGAGGGCUCCACUCCGCCUUCCCCGGGGGCGGAACCGGAAGGGGAGGGCCUUUCGCCGCCAUGGCAGCCCGCGGGGUCGUGGGCAUUUUCCUCCUCUCUGCGCUUCCCCUCUUGUGUCUGGAGCUGCGGCGUGGGAUCCCCGACCUGGGAAUUAAAGAUAUAAUUUUGCUGUGUGGCCGGAUUUUCUUACUGCUUGCUCUUCUUACUUUAAUUAUUUCUGUGACUACCUCAUGGCUUAACUCAUUUAAACCUUCCCAAGUUCAUCUGAAAGAUGAAGAAGAGAAGAAUGGGCAAAGGCAAAAACUGGCGAGAAAAAAACAACAAGAGGCACAGGGUGAAAAGGCCAGCAGAUACGUAGAGAAUGUUCUAAAACCUCAUCAGGAAAUGAAAUUGAAAAAACUGGAAGAGCGCUUUUAUCGAAUGACGGGUGAAACCUGGAAGUUAAGCCAUGGUCAUAAACUUGGGGGUGAUGAAGAUUUGACGGUUGAAAAUGACAGUCAGACAUCUGUUGAAACAGCAAACAGAAAAGCAGCAAAGAGACGGAACUUGCCUAAGCCUUCAACCAAGGUUUCACCACCUGCUGAACAGCCCACGCAGAAGGAGGUUCCAGAUUUACCUGAAGAACCCUCUGAAACAGCUGAAGAAGUGGUUACUGUAGCUCUCCGGUGUCCAAGUGGGAGUGUCCUGAGGAGAAGGUUUCUUAAGUCUUGCAGUUCACAGGUUUUACUUGACUGGAUGAUGAAAAUUGGGUACCACACAUCCCUAUAUGGCCUUUCUACUUCCUUUCCCAGAAUACCUCUGGAAGUUGAGGGAGGCUGUUCACUGCAGGACAUAGGAAUAACUGUGGAUACUAUACUCAAUGUGGAGGAAAAAGAGCCAUGCAACUAGAAAUGAAGAAUACCUGUUCUACAUAAAACCAGUUAUGUUGUGACCUUACAGGACAACAAAGGAUUCACAUUAAAAUCAUGCCAUACCUUGAUUGAGCUCAAGGCAGUAAACACUUUAGUGUUAAUAUCCAUCCUAUCUAAUAAAGAGGGAAUAUGCUAAUUGACCCUCACGCCAUUGCAAAGAUGGCAGUGCCCACAGCCAAUAAGGAGGGAAUAUGAUAAUUAACUGCCCUGCCCUCAAAGAUGGCGGCACCUACAGCCAAAUAAGGAGGGAAUAUGCUAAUUGACUGCCCCGCCCUCAAAGAUGGUGGUGUUCACAGCCAAUAAGGAGGAAAUAUGCUAAUUGACUGCCACGCCCUCAAAGAUGGCAGCGCCCACAGCCACAAGAUGGCAGCACCCAGUCCCCUCAACCCCGCCAGGAUGGCAGGUAUGCGGCAAGGCUGGGCCUGCCUCCGGAGUCCCCUAGUCCCCUCAGCCUCCCAGCCGCCCAGGGCCGGCCUGAAGCACAGGCAAGCCUUGAAUGGUGGCUGCCCAGCUGACGCCCAAGGUGCAGGCAAGCCUCAGAUGUCAGCUGCCCAGCCGCCCAGGGCUGUCUGAGGCUCAGGUAACCAGGGCCAGCCGAGGCUUGCAAUGCCAGCAGUGGCAGCAGCAGAGGUUGAUGGGGCAUUGCCUUCCCCUGAUUGCUGGGUCGCCUCCCAUCCCUGAGGGCUCCCGGACUGUGAGAGGGGGCAGGCCAGGCUGAGGGACCCCCCACUCCAGUGCAUGAAUUUUCAUGUAACGGGCCUCUAGUGGGAAUAUAUGAACAUAAAGGGUUAGGAAAGGAGUGCUUUCUACAUAUAGUGAAUCUUAUUCUUAGGUAUCACCUUUGAUCAUUUGCAGAUCUUUUUUUAAAUUUAAAAAUUUUUUUCAACUACAGUUAUUCAAUAUUAUAUUAAUUUCAGGUGUACAGCAUAGUGAGUAGGCAUGUGAUUAGACAUAUAACUCAAGAAGCAAUCUCCCUAGUAAGUCUAAUACUCCUGACCCCAUAUGUAGUUAUUACAAUAUUACUGACUAUAUUCCUUAAGCUGAACUUUACAUCCUCAUGACUUUUUGUAAUUGCCAAUUUGUACUUCUUAAUCCCUUCACCUUUUUCUCACCCCCAACCCUUCUCCCAUCUGGCAACCCUCAGUUUAUUCUUUUUAUCCAUGAAUUUGUUUCUGUUUGUUUGUGUAUUUUUUUAGAUUCCACAUACAAGUAAAAUCACAUGGUAUUUGUC